GGCACCAUGUAUUUACCAUGUCACUCACAGAUCCUACAUAUCUACAUUUAUGYGGUACACAAGAUAAAUAAGCCUGUUUUUAAUUUGUAUUCAAACAUAAAUGUUUCACAAGUGCUGAUGUGUAGAGAUUAAAACGCAAUUCAUGCAUCAAUGAAAAAGAAACCACUAUGGCACUCGAUACAUGAACAACAAGGUUUCAAGGAAGAAUUCUUUAAUCCGCUAAACUAUCGAUAACAAUUACCAAAGCAUCUGCGACAAAAGGAAAAAUCUUUUUUUUUCUGUUUUCGCGUUUGGGUUUUAAGGUUCGUAGUCGGCUCGACUUUGGAGUAUGAUCUUCUGACACACGGACCAGGAUCUAGAUUUUUUCAACAGCUUCAACACAAAGGGAGAACUACAAGAUAAUAGCAGCAUUUCAUUCACUCGUUAAUGAGAGAUCUCAGUCAAAUUGAAACACGACUCGUUAGUACUGAAGAUUAAAGCAAACGACAAGGGUAAUUUCUACCCGGAUCAUUCGCGUCUGAAUUGGAUCGAUGGUUCAGUUGCCAAUCAUUAAAAACAGUUGGAGAUUUKACAUUUUUAUUCAGACCUGUGCCCGCGGCGUUCAUUGCACGUACUUCCCGGCCGUUCCUUUACAAGGAAGCGAACACGAGCUCGCCUCAAAAUAUUCAGAUUCAGAAAUUCUCUGAGAAACAUUUCCCUUCAACGUAUCAAUGGAUAAUCAAACGUUUAUCGAGAGACUACGCCAACAGCUGACGACCAGAGGAGUCGCAGUCGUCAUUGUGGAGUCGUUUUUCAUGAUACUAAUCAAUUUSACAACCUUCUUUGGCAAUCUUCUUGUUCUUCUUGCAGUUUUUCGCAAUCCUCGACUGCGGCAAAACAUCCUCAAUUGGUACAUCAUUGGUCUUGCGAUGUCUGACUUGCUAAUGUCUCUACUUGGUAUUCCAUAUUCUGCAGCCUCUACAGUGACUGGGAGUUGGGUUUUUGGACAUUUCCUUUGUCAGGGACAAGGUUUCUUUGUGUUGCUGCUGUGCGCCGUAUCGUUACAAACCCUUGCCUUGACAGCCAUUAACCGAUAUUUCCGAACGACYCGCUCCAACGCCGUCUACAGCAAGUAUUUCACAGUCAAGUCUACUAAAAUCACCAUUGCUGUUCUGUGGAUAGCAGCAUUUCUUGCUCCUCUUCCUUAUGUCCUCAUGGGACAAGAGUUCUUCUUCCAUCCAGGAAAAGUAUUCUGUACGCACAACUUUGAUACCCUUGUUGGCGGAUAUGGCGCUGUUCUGGUGCUAGCUUACGUCACCAUCCCCUUCGUCAUCAUCAUCUUUUGCUACUCUAAAGUCCUCAUCUGCGUUCGUCGACACAACAGCAAUUUUCGGGUACAUGCGUCAACCRACAACGAAUCUACAAGCUUACGUCUCAGUGUCGAAGAGAUCAAUAUUACCUGGACAUUGAUGGCAGUUGUGUUUGGCUUCUUCGUUUGCUGGACACCGGUGGUUGUAAUCGACUUGAUUGAUUUCGUAAACGGUGAUUGGAAGCUCCCUCGCCAAACCUACCUGAGUUACACUUGCUUUGGUUUCAGCAGCACAGCCAUAAAUCCUUUUAUAUAUGGAGUCAUGAACAGGCAAUUCCGCGUAGAAUAUUACAAGAUUCUUCCUUUUAUCAAGACGUGCACGAGCCGCGGCUCACUCAACGCCAUACAAAGCGCGGGAAUAGAUGACGCCGAGAAGAGAAAGCCUUCUCAGCUGAGAAAUACUCAGGAUGCRCAAGAGUUAAAGAUGGGAACCAAGGCGGAAGUGGUCGAAAUAGAGAACUGAUCCAAAAGAAUUCCUUGGAAAAAUAAAUAUAACUAAUGAAAAAAACCAAAACAAUUUUGGAAAAAAACUGAAACUACGAAAUAUGAAUCGACGAAGAAGCUGACGUUUUCAACAUAGUAUUUUAUUUUCUUUCUUCUUCUUAACAUAUAGUUGACUUCAACUGUGCCCUUCUGAAUAGUUAAUAAUCCAUCCCUCGUCAUGCAGUCACACUACCCUCCCCCUAUCUUAGUCAUUCAGUGGUCAACUAAAGUACUACUAGACUAAAGUAUAAGAAAGAUAAGCGUUUUUCCAUUUCAAGGUCGAAUUCUUUAAGCUGAACAAAUAUUUUUAGCUAUACUGGAUUAUUUUCCAAUUUUGUGCUUAGACGACGGGGCGCCUUUCAGCUGUAUGCUGUGACAGCUUGAUAAUAGAACGUAUAGUACUUCCUUUACAAUAGAACGUAUUUCCCAUUCAUAUUAAUAGUUCAAAUAAGGCAUUCACCGAUAAUGAAAUUGUUGAUGGCAAGCCACUCACAGUAGUACUUCGGCCGCAAUUGGGAAGUAACCUCAUUUUAUAAUAGACUACGCCAAGCUGGACUGAAACUUGAUUAGUUUUGCAACUUUAACAGAAGAUGAUCAUUAUUCAACGCGUUAAGUUGUACGUGUUAAACACAGUUCAGUAGGAUAAUACUUACUGUAGACUAAAAAAAAUCGUAGUUCUCGUAUCCCGCUACCAGCCACUUUACAGACUAGAAAAGAAAAUCGCAAUUUGAAAGAAAGAAAAAGAAGAAUUCGAAUAUAAUGAGAAAGUGUUCUAUUCUCAUUUAUGAGAAUGGGACUGAUCAGACCUGGCGGCGCUGGUCGGGGAAAAACAGCAAGGCCACUAAAAAAGUUAAAGUGUGCUGAUGCCAUAACGCACGGCCUUAGCAGGUUUGACCAGAUGAUGAUGGUCAAUAUGCUAACUAGUUCCGUAUACAUUUGUACCAUGAGACCGCUGAGCAUUUUUCUAAUCAAUCAGCGUCAUUGGUCCCAUCCUGUAAAACUGUUAAUGAUAAUUGUUUCAGCGUGAUAAAUAAAUUACUCAUACUAUCUUA